GUGGCCCACAUGAAGAGCAAAGACAAUCGGAUCAAGCUGAUGAACGAAAUUCUCAAUGGGAUCAAAGUGCUAAAGCUUUAUGCCUGGGAGCUGGCAUUCAAGGACAAGGUGCUGGCCGUCAGGCAGGAGGAGCUGAAGGUGCUGAAGAAGUCUGCCUACCUGUCGGCCGUGGGCACCUUCACCUGGGUCUGCACGCCCUUCCUGGUGGCCCUGUGCACAUUUGCCGUCUACGUGACCAUUGACAAGAACAACAUCCUGGAUGCCCAGACAGCCUUCGUGUCUUUGGCCUUGUUCAACAUCCUCCGGUUUCCCCUGAACAUUCUCCCCAUGGUCAUCAGCAGCAUCGUGCAGGCGAGUGUCUCCCUCAAACGCCUGAGGAUCUUUUCUCCCAUGAGGAGCUGGAACCUGACAGCAUCGAGCGACGGCCUGUCAAAGACAGGGGGGCACGAACAGCAUCACCGUGAGGAAUGCCACAUUCACCUGGGCCAGGGGCGACCCUCCCACGCUGAAUGGACGCGGAUCUUGGUCAUGCACAGCAUGAGCUACUUGCCACAGGUGGAUGUCAUCAUUGUCAUGAGUGGCGGCAAGAUCUCUGAGAUGGGCUCCUACCAGGAGCUGCUGGCCCAAGACGGUGCCUUCGCUGAGUUCCUGCGUACCUAUGCCAGCACAGAGCAGGAGCAGGACCCAGAGGAGAACGGUAGGGGCAGCCCCAGGGUUCCUCCCGCUCGGGGUGUCUGGCGCCUUGAAGGGCCACAUUGGCCUCUUUGAGGUUGCCACCAGCCACUCGGGGAAGGCGGCUCAUCAGGGCAUGAGGGUGGGAGCUGGAUGGAGCCCCCUAAAGAAACAACGUGGAAAACCACCUUAGUCCCUGCAGCGCUGAAUUGAGAGAGUCUCGGUGCUUUAUGGCCAGGGGACGGGAGCACCAGGCUUCAGCUCAGCUGACCUCAGGGCAGGGUCUAGUGCCUUCCUGGAACACAACCUUGGACCUGAUGAGUUUCAGGGUCCUUA